AUGGAGCGGGCGCUGAGCCUGGCCGCGGACGAGGACUUGUUCCACAAGAGUCUCAGCGCCUCGGCCACGAGGAUGGAGGCCGCCUUCCGCGCGCCCCCGGGGCUCGACCUGAGCCACCCGCGCGAGCGCCAGCCCUCGCCCCUCAGCUGCUUCGAGCCGGGCGAAGCGGAGGGGCUGCUGCAGCCCGGGGCGGCGCUGGGGGCCGGCGACCCCCUCGCGCUGCCGGCCGGCUCGGUGUGCGGCAAGUACGGCGAGAGCACCAGCCGCAGCUCGGUGGCGGAGAGCAGCGGCGGCGAGCAGAGCCCCGACGACGACAGCGACGGGCGCUGCGAGCUGGUGCUACGCGGGGGAGACCCGCGGGCCGCCUCGCCCGGGGCGGGGGGCGCCGGGGGGGGCCUGAAGGCGGCCGAGGGCGGCUGCUCCAACAGCCACGGCCUGGGCGGGAGCAAAAAGUCGAAGGAGCAGAAGGCGCUGCGGCUCAACAUCAACGCCCGCGAGCGGCGGCGGAUGCACGACCUGAACGACGCGCUGGACGAGCUGCGGGCGGUGAUCCCCUACGCGCACAGCCCCUCGGUGCGGAAGCUCUCCAAGAUCGCCACGCUGCUGCUGGCCAAGAACUACAUCCUUAUGCAGGCGCAGGCUCUGGAGGAGAUGCGGCGCCUGGUGGCUUAUCUCAACCAGGGCCAGGCCAUCUCGGCCGCCUCCCUGCCCAGCUCGGCGGCGGCUGCGGCGGCCGCGGCCGCCGCCUUGCACCCAGCCCUCGGUGCCUACGAGCAGGCGGCCGGCUACCCCUUCAGCGCCGGCCUGCCCCCUGCCAGCUCCUGCCCGGAGAAAUGUGCCAUUUUCAACAGCGUCUCCUCCAGCCUCUGCAAACAGUGCACGGAGAAGCCUUAA